UGCGCCGCCGAGCGGGAGGAGCCGCCCGAACAGCGCGGCCUGGCCUACGGCCUGUACCUGCGCAUCGACCUGGAGCGGCUGCAGUGCCUCAACGAGAGUCGCGAGGGCAGCGGCCGCGGCGUCUUCAAGCCGUGGGAGGAGCGCACCGACCGCUCCAAGUUUGUUGAAAGUGACGCAGAUGAAGAGCUUCUGUUUAAUAUUCCAUUUACAGGCAAUGUCAAGCUCAAAGGCAUCAUUAUAAUGGGAGAGGACGAUGACUCACACCCCUCUGAGAUGAGACUGUACAAAAACAUUCCACAGAUGUCCUUUGAUGAUACAGACAGGGAGCCAGAUCAGACCUUUAGUCUGAAUCGGGAUCUCACCGGAGAAUUAGAGUACGCUACGAAAAUUGCUCGUUUUUCAAAUGUCUAUCAUCUUUCAAUUCAUAUUUCAAAAAACUUUGGAGCUGACACCACCAAGAUCUUGUAUAUUGGCCUGAGAGGAGAGUGGACUGAGCUUCGCCGGCACGAGGUGACCAUCUGCAAUUACGAAGCCUCGGCCAACCCGACAGACCACAGGGUCCAUCAGGUUACCCCACAGACACACUUCAUUUCCUAAGGCUGCCCAAGGCUCCCACAGAGGCACUGUGUCGGUGAAGAUGUGCAGCAUCCUGUCGGGGAGAACAAGGAGAUGGGGUUCCGGAGAGAGCUGGGGCCACGGCCUCUGCCAGGCUUUGUCUUUGGGGGCUGCUGCAGAGCCCUGGCCUGUGGAAGAUACCGCACCACCGGGCAGGGGUGUGUGGGUGCCGAGGGACAGUCGUGGUUCUCUAGGGCCUAGAAAUUGAGUCUGGGACUGGUCAGCAUCUGGCAGUCAUUGGAUGAUGCCUGCCUCUCCAGUCAGUGUGGCCGUGGGGUCCCAAGUGUCUUGUUGCUUUGUGGCAGGAAUUUUGUGUGACUUUUUUUUUUUUAAUGCAAACUAUUUCCUGGGCUGCAGUAAACUUUCUGAAGCCUCAGCAUUGUGUUUCUAUUAGCCAUCAGGACGGUCUCCAACUAGAAAUACUUGUCCCUGCUUGCUCCUUCUUCCUGUCAGCGUUCUUGUCAAGUUGCCCAGCUUGGAGUUGUCUGUCAUGUACUGGUGUCCCGUGGUUAAAGCUAGGAGAGCAGGAAUGUCCUGGCGAUGCUUAAUAGCUUGAGGGGAAGGUCUUUGUCCCUGCUGCCUAGGUGAGCAGUCCGGGAGAGCGUGGGUAUCAUUUCUGUGUUCGUGAGCCGCCCGGGUUGGAUGAGAUUGGGACUUCGGUAAGAUUCCCCUUGGGUCAUCCUUAAUGGUCAUUAGCUUCUAACUAGUGUCAUAAGCGCAGUGCCAGAAAUUGGAGAUCUCAGUUUUUUUGUUCAUGGCUUUUUAUUCACCGUAACUAAUAAGCUUCCUAAUAAAUCUUUGCCAGACUUCA